AUGGUGCCUCCCUUUGAAGAAAUGUCCUUUACACUCCUUGAUGAACCUGUCAAAUCACCUUCACCUCCACCCAACGGUCCGCUUUUCCUAAAGUUUUCGGCAGACCUGUCAUCACACCAAAAGACAGCCAAAAAGGUCAACAAACCGAAACGUCAAACCACAUACCUUGUCAAUGGCGUCAACAUUUUAAACAGAAACGAGGUUGACAGCAAAACAGCUAUUGAAAGGAUUCAGCGGCGGCGAGAAAAUCACAACCAUGUCGAACGUAGACGACGAGACAAUAUCAACAAUACCAUUUUGCAAAUUUCACAACUCGUACCCGAAGCCCAACAGCAUCAAACAGGCCAAAAGCCCAACAAGGGCAAAGUUUUGGAGCAAGCUCUCGAUUACAUUCAGGCCCUCCAGAAGGAAAACCAAGAACUUCGACAACAAUUAUCCUAUGCAUCUCCAUCUUCUUACGCCUCUUCCACUCCUUCUUCUUUUUCAUCGCCAUCAUCAUCGUCAUCGUCAUCGCUUAUCUAG